AUGGCUAGUCAUGGACUGUGCAUUGACCCCAGUUCGAAAGAGUGGGGUGUACUGGAUCAAGAUGUGCAGCAAUCUCACAGAUCCCAUGUCGUGUGGAACGACAGACAUUUAAAGUCUAUGAGAGUGAGACGAUUACCGAUUGACCACAGGCUGAUUACUGUACUGGUAGAGAGGUGGAGGCCGGAGACUCACACUUUCCACAUGCCUAUUGGAGAGAUGAUUGUCAAUUUACAAGAUGUUGAGGCCAUUCUGGGUUUAGCCACUGAGGGUCGGGUUGUUUUCAGCUAUACCCAUGGGAACUGGGAGGACGUAAUUCAGCAGUACAUGAGACUAUCUCCAUUCGCAGACGAUUUGGAUGGAGGGAACCUUAAGAUGAAUUGGUUGACUCAUCAUUGGGCUCAUUGGGUCGAGCAUUCAGCUACUCACGAGGGACAAAUUGGGUACACUCGUGCCUAUCUUAUGUGUCUCUUUGGAGGUUUUUUUAUGUGUGACAAGUCAAGUUCAGUAGUCGCUUGUCGAUACAUUCAAUUAUUAGAUGGGGGCUUUGAGGAUACCCAUACAUACAGCUAG